AUGUUUCUCAGCUUCAUCAACUGGUCGAUGGAUCGAAUUUCGCAUUCACUUGUCCGGUUGAGGGACGGAGGAAGGAAGCGAACAUCGCGUGAAACUGUAGCGGAUGAUGUAAAGAAAGUUCUGUCGUCUAUUGAUGCCGAGGGAUGCUUCUUACAUGAAGUUUUGGAAAGGAUGCUGGAUGGAAAUUCCCAGAGAAGUAAGCUCUCGAAUCUUGUACUCAAGCAAUUCCGUAUUCAGAUACAUCAUGGUAUCAAUGUUCAAGUUUGUUUCCCGGGUACAAGUGACUUGGUUUGUGUUUUAGUUAGGAGUGAUUCUGAGAACUCUGGAAAUCAUGGUUUAGUUAGGAGUCCCUUUGAGCCUCUUGUAGUGUUGAUUACACUGCAUAAUCUUCAAUUUGUUGAUCUGAUCGUUCGCAUUCCAGAGUUAAGCUUUUCGUUUAGACCCAGUGAUCUUCCUGUCUAUAUGGGAUUGGCAAAGUUAUCAUCCGAUGAUAGCACUUCUAAUUUAGUUAGCACUGUUAUCCUCUGGCUGCGAUACAUGAAUGCUUACGAGUAUUUGCCAUCUUUAGCUAGGUAA